AUGGCGCCCACGCCUCCUGCUCCUGCUGCUGCUCGGCUGAUGACGAUGUCGAUGUCGGGGCUGCUGCUGAUGAUGAUGCUGCUGAUGAUGUUGAGCUGCCUCGGGGCGCAGGCGGUGACCCUCCACGACACCGGCGCAACGCCGGCCCCCCAAAUGGGGGUCACCACCACCUCCGCCGAGGAACCCCCGAUCCUUCGCUCAACCGUGCACCCGACGGCAACCAGAAUCAUCGCCAUCGCCAAGGGCAACGGCAGCAGCAGCAGCAGCAAUAGCAGCGACGUCGUUAGCAGCGGCAGCUUCGGCAACAUCGUCAGCGGCGUCAGCGGCGGCGUCGGCGGCGGCGGCGGCGUCCCCCGGGCCCCGGGGAACGCUCGCGCACGAGGCCCCCCGCCGUGGAGAGCCCCGUGUGCGCGCCAGCUGGAGAUCCGUCGCACGUUCAAGGCGGUGAACACGGCGGUGUCGAGCGCCGUGUUCGUGGUGGGCCUCGUGGGAAACGCCACGCUGCUCAGGAUCAUCUGGCGCAACAAGCGGAUGCGCAACGGACCCAACGCGCUCAUCGGCAGCCUGGCCCUGGGCGACCUCCUCUACAUCGUCAUCGCACUGCCCGUGUCGGUGUACAAGCUCCUGGCCGAGGAUUGGCCGUUCGGCGUGGCACUCUGCAAGGCGGUGCCGUUCGUGCAGAAAGCGUCCGUGGGGAUCACGGUGCUGAGUCUGUGCGCGCUCAGCGUGGACAGGUACCGCGCCGUCGCGUCCUGGAGCCGCAUCCAGGGCAUGGGCGUGCCGCUGUGCACGGCGCUGGAGAUCGCCGCCAUCUGGCUGCUCUCGCUGCUGCUCGCGGCGCCCGAGGCCGUCGGCUUCGACCUCCUCGUCUCCGAGUACCGCGGCGUCACCCUGCGGACCUGCAUGCUCGCGCCGCAGCAGAGCGGCGCCUUCAUGCGCGUGUACAAGGUGGCCAAGGACUGGUGGCUGCUGGGCUUCUACUACUGCAUGCCGCUCGCCUGCACCGGCGCCUUCUACUCGCUCAUGGCGUGCGAGAUGCUGAGCCGGAAGCGCGGAGACCUCCGCCUCUCGCUCAGCGACCACCUCAAGCAGCGACGCGAGGUCGCCAAGACGGUCUUCUGCCUGGUGUUGGUGUUCGCCGUCUGCUGGUUCCCGCUGCACCUGAGCCGCACGCUCAAGAACUCCGUCUACAGCGCCGUGGACCCGGGUCGCUGCGACCUCCUCAGCUCCCUGCUGGUGCUGGACUACGUGGGGGUGAACAUGACCUGCAUCAACUCCUGCAUCAAUCCCAUCGCCCUCUACCUGGUGAGCAAGAGAUUCAAGAACUGCUUCAAGUCCUGCCUGUGCUGCUGUUGCGAGGGCAAGGCUCUGCUGGGGGGCCCUGGCCCACGGAACAAGGUCUUCUACAGCAAGUGGAGGGGGCGGGGGCCCCCCGAGUUGGGGGGCUCCGAGCGGAGCACGACGCGUUCCAGCCACAAGUACAGCUCCUCCUGAGCUACGGAGACGACGUGGAGACGACACGGAGACGACACGGAGACACGGGGACACGGGGACACGGAGACACGGGGACACGGGGACACGGAGACGUGGGGUGACGGAGAGACAUAGACACGGAGACGUGGGGAUGGAGGGAUGGAAACACGGGGACGGAGACAGAGACACAGAGACGCGUGGAGACGCGGAGACACGGAGACACGGAGACGCGGAGACACGGAGACGUGGGGAGACGGAGAGACAUAGACAAUGAGACGUGGGGAUGGAGACACGGGGACACGGGGACGGAGACAUGGAGACGCGCAGAGAUGCGGAGACGCGGGGACGCGGGGACACGGAGACACGGGGAGACGAAGACGCAGAGACACGGGGACUAAGAAGUGACAGCACGGAGACACGGGGAGACACGGGGACUUGGAGACUCGGGGAGACGUGACAGUACGGAGACACGGGGAGACACGGGGACUUGGAGACUCGGGGAGACGUGACAGUACGGAGACACGGGGAGACACGGGGACUUGGAGACUCGGCGACUCGUGGACUUGGGCACACGCGUGUACAGUGACACAAGCACAGAGGAGCGAGCGCGCACUCCGGAUGAACCUCACCAAACGUCGCUCAGAUCGACUCCUUCACUGGACGCUCACCCAGCUGCACUUGACCUCACUGGCGACAUCUCCCUCCUGACCCCCCCUCCCCACUCGCACUCACUGUGCCCCCCACCGUCGGGCGGCCUGGAGCCGCCCCCCCCGCUUUCCCCUCCUCCUCCUGCCCCCCCCCCCCGAGAGAGAGAGGGGGGUGGGGGUAGACCCGCGGAUCGGUCGUGUUUUUUUUUGUCGCGGUUUGAUUCUCACACCGAGGAGUUGCUGUAAUCUCCUCCACCCCCCCUCCCCGAAAUAAUUUGACGAUGAUGCAGCUUACCCCCCCACCCAGCCCCCACACGAUCACCCCCUUGAUGCGUACGCGCCCCCCCCCCUCCCCUCCCCCGCGCGAUUAUUCACCCAGUAGAGUAGAGGAGUAAAGGAAGAGUGUGAUGAUGAUGAUGACGGCGGUGCCAACUCUACCCAUUGACUCUUGUCUCAAUUCUGCAACGUGGCCCCAAUGAGUCUGAUGGGGACAGAGGUAUGUGGGGGGGACAGGGGUACGUGGGGGGGACAGGGGUCU